CCGUGCAAAAACUGUGAAUGAGAACCUGAAAAUGAGUGCUGCUCUUCUGUCGAGAUUUGACUUGGUAUUUAUUUUACUCGAUAAGCCUGAUGAAGUGCUUGAUAAACGAGUUUCUGACCAUAUUAUGGCUCUUCACACGGGAAAUGGGGAACAUUUGCUGCCCGCAAAGAAGCUAAGCAGAGUGUUGGGAUCUUGUGGAGACAUUGCAUUUGGUGUAAGUGGAUCCCUGAUUUCACGUCUCAGACUCGACCUUGAGAAAGAUAAGGAUUUUGUUCCAUUACCUGGUCCUCUUCUUCGCAAGUACAUUGCUUAUGCAAGGACAUUCGUUUUUCCCAGGAUGUCCAGGCCAGCUGCUGACAUAUUGCAGAAAUUUUACCUGCGAUUAAGAGACCAUAAUACCUCAGCCGAUGGUACCCCUAUCACUGCAAGGCAGUUGGAAAGCUUAGUGAGGCUGGCAGAAGCUCGUGCGCGCUUAGAGUUGAGAGAUGAAAUAACAGUCGAAGAUGCUAUG